CAAGAUUCGUAGCAAAUGGGAAUUGUUCGUAUUCAAUCAAGGCGGCUCCAACCCCACUUGCUACUAAACUCUUUUCUCACUAUUCAACACUCGAUUCAUCGCCUUCAACAACGACAUCAGCUCAAUUUCAACAAACCCAAAUCCACCAGAUCCAAUUUUGCAACAAUUAGAACGAUUUCUACAUCAUCAUCAUCAUCAUCCGCCAUGGUUAAAGCUAUCAGGGUUCAUGAACUUGGUGGUCCUGAGGUCAUGAAAAUGGAGGACGUUGAAAUCGGAGAACCAAAAGACGGAGAGAUUCGAGUGAGAAACAAAGCAAUUGGAGUAAAUUUCAUUGACGUUUAUUUCCGCACAGGCGCCUAUAAAGCAGCUUCAAUACCAUUCACACCAGGUAUGGAGGCUGUCGGAGUUGUAACAGCUGUAGGUCAAGGACUAACCGGCCGGCAAGUCGGAGAUAUUGUCGCCUACGCCGGUUUCCCCAUGGGAGCAUACGCUGAAGAACAGAUACUACCUGCAGAAAAAGUUGUACCCGUGCCUUCCUCCGUUGACCCCGUUGUAGCAGCUUCCGUCAUGCUAAAAGGACUGACAGCUCAAUUCCUCCUCCGCCGUUGCUUCAAGGUGGAAAGUGGACAUACGGUUCUUGUUCAUGCUGCCGCCGGUGGAGUUGGAUCCUUAUUAUGUCAAUGGGCAAAUGCACUUGGAGCUACUGUAAUUGGAACGGUUUCAACCUCAGAGAAAGCUGCACAAGCUAAAGAAGAUGGAUGCCACCAUGUGAUUGUCAGCAAACAAGAAUCUUUUGUUGAACGUGUGGCUGAGAUUACAUCAGGUGAAGGGGUUGAAGUGGUGUAUGAUUCAGUCGGAAAAGACACCUUGCAGGGGUCAUUAGAGUGCGUAAAGAUACGUGGACACUUGGUGUGUUUUGGGCAAUCAUCUGGUGCACCGGAUCCUGUGCCUUUAUCUGCACUUGCUGUAAAGUCAUUGUUCUUGACAAGGCCUUCUUUGAUGCAAUACACAUCUAAAAGAGAUGAGUUACUUGAAGCUGCUGGUGAGGUGUUUGGUAAUAUUGCAAAUGGGGUUUUACGGGUUCGGGUCAACCAUAAGUAUCCACUUUCUCAGGCGGGUCAAGCACAUUCUGACCUUGAAACUCGAAAGACUACCGGCUCCAUUGUAUUGAUACCUGAUGGGAUUGAGCUUUAAGCUUAUGAGCUGGUUUUAACUUUUAAUGAGUUUUUGUUUGACCUUAAUUUCUCUUUGCCUAUUCGAUUGUAUUGUCCUAUUGUAUGUCUCUCAUGUUGGUUAUAAAUACAAUAGCUGUAACAAUGACUUUGUUAGAAGAUAA